AUGGCGGGGAUUGAUAUAACUCCCGACGAACUUGAACGGAUACUGCAGCUGCUCAGUUCUCCAUCAGCCGGCGACUUCUUCGGAUCCGUGAAGCGUCAGGCGGUGGCUCUGGCGCUCCGGGAUCGGCCGCUGACCGUCAUCCACGGCCCGCCCGGCACCGGCAAGACCACCACCGUCGUGGAGGUGAUCAUGCAGCACGUGAAGCGGGCUCAGCGCGUGCUGGUCUGCGCGCCCUCCAACAAGGCCGUUGACAACGUGCUGGAAGGUGUCUGGAAGCAGAUCGUGAAAGCAGACUUCGGUCUGAGCAUGAAUCGCGUUAUUCGUCUUGGGCAGCUGGAACGAAUGCAAGCAAAUCUGAGAGGGUUCUCAUUAAAGGCUCGGAUGAACAACUCAGAGGAACUUCGUAUGCAGUCGGAAACAAUGACAAGAAAGACCAAAAUGGUCAGAAUGUUGAACGAAGCCAAGGUGGUACUGAGUACUCUGACGUCUGUGCGCAAAGUGGAGCCCAUGGUUGACGAUGUGUCCCGGUUCGACCUCUUGGUGAUCGACGAGUGCAGCAAUGCGACGGAGGCCGCCUGCUGGCUGGCCAUCCCGCUCGCCAAGAAGGUGAUGCUGGUGGGCGACCCGUGCCAGCUGCCGCCGACCAUUCUCAGUCAGGAGGCGGCCAGCCGCGGUCUGGCCGUCUCGCUGAUGGAGCGGCAGAUAAAGCUGCAUGGUGAGGGUAUCGUCCACAUGCUGGACACCCAGUACCGGAUGCACGCAAUGAUCCAGGAGUGGUCCUCGCAGAACCUGUACGGCGGCAGGCUCAAGGCGGCACCGACAGUCGCCGGCCGCCUGUUGACUCAUCUGCCCAGCGUGCGGAGCACGAAUCAGACGCAGCCCACCCUGAUGCUCGUAGAUACAGCUGGCUGCAGGCUACUUGAAUCCCAAGACGCCAAGACCAAGUCCUACUGCAACAAAGGCGAGGCGAAUCUCGUGGUGUGUCAUGUCUCGUCGCUGGUGAAGGCCGGACUGCCGACUGACUCCAUCGGCAUCAUCACGCCGUACAAGCAACAGGUGGGGCUGAUCGCUGGCCGUCUGCGCAAGGCAAAUUUGAACGUGGAGGUGAACUCUGUGGACGGGUUCCAAGGUCGCGAAAAGGAGGCCAUCCUGCUCUCUCUGGUGCGCUCCAACCCGCGCCGCCAGGUGGGCUUCGUGGGCGACCGGCGGCGGCUGAACGUGGCGGUGACUCGCGCGCGGCGUCACCUAUACGUCGUCUGCGACACAUCCACCGUGUGUCAGGAUCGCACGAUUCGCUCGCUGGUCAGUCACCUGAGGAGGAAUGGAGAGCUGCGUGAGACCAGCGGCAAGCUCUGUCCGCAUGGCAAGGCCUGCCAGGUCGUCGAGGACGACGAUGACGUCGACGAUCUAGGUGUCAGACUCGGAGCGACAAACCUGCUGCCGUAG